ACCUAAUCCAAGACCAAAAUUCCAAUAUUUCCAAUAUAUCGAAGAUGAAAUUAAAAUAAAUAUUUUUAAACACGUCGAGCAUCCUUUCAAUUUGGCGAUAAGUUGCAAAAGCUGGUCUGCUAUUUCAAGAGAUCCACAUACAAAAGCCGAAUGGCUUAUAUCACGUUUCGGAAAGGCCCAUGCGUUAUUUUACUCAAUAAAGUUGGGCCCAAGCUUUAUCGAUACAUUAGUAUGUGAAAAUUUAUUUACAAGAGGGGUCAUCGUUUCAAGAUAUUUUAUCCAAAGGUUAUUAAUGCAAUUUGGAAAAAAUGAUCAAAAAUUGAUUGAACUUGAAAUCGAACAUAAUGUUGGUGUAUUACCACAAAAAAUUAAAUCACCGUGGGCAAGCAAUUUAUCUCUACCUGCGUUCCUUUAUUUGCUAAACGAAGGAUGUAAUAAGUUAGAUACUGAAGUUCCUUUAAGAGGAAAUGACAUGGAACUAUUUCAUUUCCUUUCGGCUGGUCCUCACGUGAUCGAUAAUGCACCUGGAAUGAUGCGAAAGAAUUUAACAGACAUCGAAGAUUUGGUUUUGAAUCAAAAGUUCAUCCCGUUUCCACCAAAGCCAAAAUCCGUUCGGCUAGAUUUGAAUCAUGACCCUCACAUCCUUCAACUUCCACCUCCGGAAGAGUAUCCUCCCAAGGACGGUUAUGAAAAUAGAAGACAUCUUAUUAUGAUCGCGAGAGCAAUAUUUAUUCAUCCAUAUUUAGUGACUUUAUGGAAACAAAUUGGUUAUUAUGAAAUUUGUAACGAUGUAAACGAUUUAGUUAUCUUAGGGGCAUUGACCAUUCUCUUCCCUUCAACUCCUACACCUAAUUGGAAUUGCCCCACCGUUACCGUUGUAAUUUCACGUCUUACCGAACUUAUAAAUUUGGGGUUUGAGUUAAGUAAUAAUGUUAUCAUUGACGCCCUCCAUAUGUUUAAACAUCGGUUGGAUGAAAUCGGUAAUAUCCUUUGGAGUGUUAUCUGUGAAAUACGAUCCGAUAAACCGCUUGCCUUUGGAUUAUUUCGAGAAGUAUUAAAACCAGAAAGAAAUUUAACAAGCAAUUAUUUGUUAAAUUUUCUUAAAACAAAAUUUGAUGAUCAUGAACAAUUUAUGAAACAAGUUGUUGAACAAUAUUUUAAAGAAGAAAAGAUAAGCGAUAUGGAAUCAAGAAGAAAAUCGCUGAUCCUUUCCCCCCGAGUCUACCAAUUCAUUCUUGAUACUUACGGACAUCAAUCCGAAUUGACCUUGAUGUGUUUUGAAGAUAUUCUUGCUUAA